CAUGACGUCUCUCGUGGACCAUGUCCAUGAUCUUUUUUGCAUGUGUGGUACGGGUGAGGGAUGGACUGCCCCUCUCGGCCUCCACUGACUUCUAUCAUACCCAGGACUUCCUGCAAUGCAAGCGGCGGCUCAAGGCACUGGCCGUGCGGCUGGCCCAGUAUCCCGGUCGUGGCUCUGCCGAAGGACGUGACCUCAGCGUGCAUUUCUCUUCUUCGGGCGACGUGGCCUGCAUGGCUAUCUGCUCCCGCCAGUGUCCACCGGCCAUGGCCUUCUGUUUCCUGGAGACCCUGUGGUGGGAAUUCACGGCUUCCUACGACACCACCUGCAUCGGCUUAGCCUCCAGGCCUUACGCCUUUCUCGAAUUUGACAGUGUCAUUCAGAAGGUGAAGUGGCAUUUUAACCACGUGAAGUCCUCACAGCUGGAGAGCAGCUUUCAGAAACUCCGGGAGGAACUCGAGUUCCAGCCGCCCUUCGCUCUCACGGUGGAGGACGCGGACGCGGCCAAUGGCGUGAUGAACAGUCACCCACAGCUCCAGCUGCAGCACGUGCCCCACUUCCGGAUGGAGCCCGUGACAGCCCUGGGCAUCCUCUCCCUGGUGCUCAACAUCCUGUGUGCUGCGCUGAACCUCGUGCGCGGCAUUCACCUUGCGGAGCACUCCCUGCAGAUUGCCCAGGAGGAAAUUGGAAACAUUCUCGCUUUCCUCAUUCCUUUUGCAGCCUGCAUUUUCCAGAGCCGGCCUGCAGGCCCCGAGGCCCCGACACAGGACUUGGGCAGCCAGGACCUGGACUCCGCUGGAAGAGCGUGGCCGCAAGAGGACACGGGAAUCUUUUUGGCCUUUAACACGGACUGA